CUUUCUCUCUCUCUGAGACAUCUGCUUGCAGCUCAUCUUUGCUUCAGCAAUCUUUGUCCCAUCUCUGAACAAGACAUCAUGAGCCGGCAGUGCUACAGUUCCAAGUCCCUCACUGGAAGUAGGGGCACCACAACUGGCUCAGCCAUCAGCCAUGGAUUUAGGGGUGGCAACAGUCUGUCUUCCAUCUGCUACACUGGAGCAGGAAGAAGCGGUGGCUACAGCAGCAUAAGCCACUGUAACACUGGCCGUAGCAAGAAACUCUCUGAUGCUGGCAGAUAUGGAGGAAGCUCUGGUGGAUACAGCGCAGGGUUUAGGGACUAUAGUGGCAUGGGUUAUGGUGCUGUGCCCUUUGGCUAUGGCAUUGGGCCCGUAGCCUAUGGUCCUGGAAGUGGCAGGUCUGGGGGCUACAGUAGUCAAAGUGCAGGGGCCCAUGGCCAAGCUGGAGGAUUCAGCAGCCAAAGCCUUGGAGGUUAUGGCAGUGGAUGCAGCGGUGGUUACAAGUAUGGUGGCUUCAGCAGCCAAAGUCUUGGUGGCAGACGUUACAGGACAGUAGGCUUUGGCAGUCAAAGUCUGGGUGGUGGUACCUGUGGCGGCAAAGGCAUUUUUGGUGGCCGUUCUUACCGUGGUGGUGUCAGCUACGAGCCCAUUGGCCGCUUUGGUGACAGCAGGGGGAUCCAGUCAGUCAGAGUCAACGCAAACCUCUUGAGGCCCCUUUGCAUACAGGUUGAUCCAGAGAUCUCUAGGGUGAAAGAGCAAGAGCGAGAGGAAAUCAAAACCCUCAAUGACAAGUUUGCCUGCUUCAUUGAUAAGGUGAGGCACUUGGAGCAAGAGAAUAAACUGUUGGAAACCAAAUGGAACUGCCUACAGCAACAGGGGCCGAUUGAGAGGAAAACCAUUGACCACCUGUUUGAGAACUACAUUGCAGCCCUGAGAAGGCAGUUAGAACUUUUGCUGAAUGAGCGGGAGCAGCUGCAGCUGGAACAAGCUAAAUUCCAGGACGUGGUUGAACAGUACAAAUGCAGGUAUGAAGAAGAAAUCAACCGACGUAUGGCUGCAGAAAAUGAAUUUGUGGUGCUAAAGAAGGAUGUGGACUGUGCCUAUACUGGCAAGGUGGAGCUGGAGGUGAAAGUGGAAGCCCUAAGACAGGAGCUGGAGUUCCUCAGAUGUGUCCAUGAAGCAGAACUGGAAAGCUUACAGAUAACAGUGGCUGACACCAAUGUUGUCGUGUCUAUGGAUAACAACCGGGAACUGGACAUGGAGGGGAUAAUUAACUCUGUGAGGUGUCAAUAUGAGGAGAUUGUACAGAAGAGCAAGGAUGAGGUCAAUGCUCUUUAUGAAACAAAGUACAGCGAUCUGCAGACCACCUGGGGGCGUCACUGCGACAACCUGACUAGGGGCCGCCGUGAAAUCCAAGACCUGACAAGCCUUAUCCAGAGACUCAAGGCUGAAAUGGAAAAUGCCAAAAAACAGAUUGAUGCCUUGCAGACUGCUAUUGCUGAGAAUGAGCAGCGUGGUGAGUGUGCGCUAAAGGAUGCCAAGGCAAAACUUGCUGAGGUGGAAAAUGCCCUGCAGUGCUCUAAGGAUGAACUUACUCGCCUAGUAAGGGAUUACCAGGAAUUGCUGAAUGUCAAGUUGGCCCUGGACAUUGAGAUUGCUAUGUACAAGUCACUUCUGGAAGGAGAAGAGAGCAGGUUAUGUAAUUCUACUCCAGUUAACAUAGCUGUGGUGGGUUGCCCCAACAUCUCUGCAGGUGGUGCACCUCUACAUGAUGGCACAUUGGGUGGAGCUGGAUUUGGAAGGAGAUGUGUCUAUGGGCCUGGAUCAGGAGGAAAAAGUUAUAGCCCAAGAAAUACCAGCGGCAGUGGAGGAUUCAGCGCCAGAAGUGGAAGGCUUGGCUACAAAACUGGAUAUAGCUCUAAGAGUGGAGGGUACCUUUCAAGAUGCACAAUGAGCUCGGGAUUUGGGCAAUGUGGUACCAGCACUGUGGCUCACUCUGGUCCAAAGGAUUAUGGCACACAAUGUGUUGGAGGUGGAGGCUAUAGUUCUAGGGGCAAAGGAUACAGCUCCAGAAGUGGGGGUUGCAGCUCAAGCGUGAAAUGCAUUUCCUCAGCUGGUGGAGGGAACUACACCACUGGAAGUACAGGAGGCUGUGCAGGUGAAGUCUACACCUCUGAGAGUUCAGGUGGUGGCUACACUACUGGUGUCGCUAGCUCUACUGAUGCCACAUGCACCACUGGAGAUGCAAGACGCAACUCUGGAAGUGGAUGUCGAGUGGGUUAUGGAGGAAACUGCUCCAUCAUCAGAUAAAGUUCAGGCACAGAAUAUUGUGUGUGUGUGUGUGUGUGGAUGAUUUUCUGCCUGCUGAUGAAAGCAAUGAGCCAUUAUGCAUCAUGUUGAAAACCUACAAAUGAGAGGGAUCUACGCAUUAUGGAAUUCCCUUGCUUUGGCCUUUUAACAUUUUUUCUUCAAGUCAAGAUCUGUUUGUCCAGAACACCCUGAUUUUGAACCUCACUAUAGAAGUGAGAGCUGGUCUGCACAUGAUGGAUAUAGCCAUGCGGGUGAAAGUGCUGCCAAAGAGGGCAACCUUAUGGAGAAAGCUCCACUAUUGGGUUGUGUCAUGCUCAGAAUAGACCCACUGAAAUUAAUGAACCUACGUUUGUCGUGUCCAUUAAUUUCAGUGGUUUUCCUCUGAAUAGGACUAAUUUUGGAUGCAACCCAUAAUUAAUUACAACCUCUUACCACAUAAAGUGGUGCCAUCCUCUCACGAAUAUCCCUGCGCCUGUUAAUGGUGGCUGCUGGUACAGAUGCUUGAGGAAUUCAAUUUUUCUAAAUUAUGAUAGAAAUUAAUCUGCACCUCCUGGACUACAAUGAGGACCAGGACAUAGCUAUUGAUCCAAUGUCAUACUUCUUCAAAUGUUAUGGUAUCCUUCUUGGCUUCUCAAAAAGAUCAUCUCAAAAUGUGCCGUAAAAGGGAAACAAAUGUUACAAAACAUUAAAUACAAUUUUUUGGUAUGAUUUCUUUUUUUAAAAAAGGCAGAUUAAUGCAGGAACAGAAUGGAAUGGUCUUAAAUUAUGAGUGAGCAUGUGUGAAAGUGACACAAACAAGAAAUAGACAGAUCCAUACAUCCUAAGCUGCUUGACCUGGACACACACAACACACACAACCCAAGAGAGAGAUGUGAAGGCCCAGGAAAAAAACCCCAGAAAAAUAUGGGAGGAAAUGGAUUUGUUCCCCAUUUUUCUUAUUUUUUUGGGGAGGAGGGAACUUUUCCCCUAAUCUUUCCAUUUUCCCCCCAGGCCUUCAACAUCUCUCUCUACACUCACACACACACAGCUUUCAAGACACACAGCUGCUUCAUGUGUAAGAGGCUGAAAACAUUAUAGUUGUUGUUGGUAGUGGUGGUAAUAGUGGUGGAGAAUUCACCACAGAAAGAGACCGUUUUGGCAGUAUCUCCAUGGCACCCAUAAUGUGUAGAUCAACUGUAGGCCCUGCUGAUCCCAAAUGACAUAAAGCACUUUCUUGCGGAAAGAAACGCCAGUUAAAUAAAUGGGAUCAGUCUUCUGCACAGCGUGCUUAGGACUGGAGUGUGUGAUCUAAAGCACUCUUGAACUACCACAGCCUGACUUCUUUUUUAAAGUCCAAAUGAAAUCAAUGGAGUUUGUUUCCAAGGACACAUACUCCAAAUCACUGCAUGUGGGUUAGUUGCCCCCUGACACUAUUUAAUAACGAGCCUGCUAAUCAGGCUGAUUAAAGAUGGGGGAAAUGAAACCUUAAGAGAGGUGGGAAUUCUAAACUGUAUUGUGAUUUGUAAAUCCGCACAGAACCAAGGGAUUAUAAUGAUUUCAGAUUAAUGAACAGUGCACUCAAAGCUGUGUUCUUAGUUUAUAUAGUACCUUUAAGAUUUCAGUUUCGUUGGGUGCCACUGGGCUUGAAGCAGAAGCUCUGUGGGUAAGAGGCUGGAUCCUUAUUCCCUGUGCUACUAGGGCUGCUGCUUCUGCUUGGGGAAGGGAACUGCAGUCAAUGAUACUCACAUACAGCCCAGAAUCCCCCUGGCUGGGCAAGACACUAUGUCAGGGGCAUUGUGGAAACACAAAAUGGCUGAUCUCUAGACCAAGCCACAUGCUGCUGAUUGGAAGACUCCAGGCAGGUGUUAGGAGGGGUCCCACCUAGGCUCUAGGAUUCCAACAACUGCUUGAGGAUGCUGUUUGCUAAUGCCAGACUUGCUACUAUCAUCCUUUGUGAAGAGCUUCAGAAACUUAAUCUAAUAUUUUUGGAGGGAAUCUAAUUGACCUGCAAUUAUAGAGGUUGGAUCUUCUCAUUACAGUAUUUAUUACUUAGUGGAUUAGAGAAAACCAUCUUAGUCCAUUACAUUAGAUCAGGGGUGGGGAACCUGUGGCCUUCCAGAUGUUGAUGAAUUAUGCAGGCUGGGUCUGAUAGGAGUUGGAGGUCAGUAACAUCUGGAGGGUCACAUGUUCCUCAUUCCUGCAUUAAGUCAUACAGAUCUCUCAAUCUCUCUCUGUUUCUCUGAUCGUAUCUGCACUCCACAUGCUUCAAUGUUAUACCACUUUAACUAUCAUGGUGCCUCGGAAAGAAUCCUGGGAAUUAUUGUUUGAUGCAGAUACUGACUGAUUCUGGCUUAAAUAACACCAUUUCCCAAUGGUUCCUGGGGUAAGGGAAAGGCUGUUACAACUUUUCUUUUCUUUUCUGGACUCUAACACUUUUCCUCUCCCUGCUACAGAUUAAAAUUGAUUUAGCCAAUCCCAUUUCCAGGGAACUCAUGGGACUGUGUGAGAAGGAGCUAUAAUAUUCUCUAACAGAAAAUGUUCAGUGCCCCAUCAGCGUACCAUCCCCAAUAUUCUUUGAGUAGCAAUUAAUGGCUCAUGAAGCCAAUACAUGUUUCUAAUGCAGAUUUGCCUGCAUCUGUCUGCUGUAGCUGAGAGGGAACCUUCUGAAGUCAAAGGAGCUUCAGCUACUAAAUCUCUUUCUGACAACUUGAACAAAGAAUACUAACAGCUUAAAACUUUUAUUUUCUGCUCAAUAUACAUGAAAGAAAAGGCAAUUUGAUUUUUAUGUGUGUGAUUAUUAUUCCACUGCCUGCUCAUCACUUAUCAAACAGUUCUUUCCUUUUCUCUUUGUCUGGCAAAUAAAAAGUAUG